GGGCCGCGCUGGCGGAGCGCUUUCCGCGCCGUUUGUCUCCCGUCUCUUCCCGUUCGCGGGAGCAGCUGCUGCUGCGCAACCCCUUCCCCGCCCGCCCGGUCGCUCCAGUGCCGUCGCCUCCUCCUCGCAGCCUCGCGCGGCGCGGCCCGGCCCGGUCAACAUACAGAGUUGCAAAAUCCUAAGUUGAUACAAUGAACAACCAAGAGGCUGGUGUUCUACGUUGCUGGAGAUGUAGGAAAUACAUAGCAAAUUCUGUUUUUAUUGCAAAAUGUAAUGCGAAAGAAACAUGCAAAAUAUCACAAUCUUCAGCUGCAGCUCAGAAUCCUUGCAAUGUAUGGCAUGUGAGCUUAGAUGCCAUUCCAGAGUGGGUGAAAUGUGUCAUUGAAAAGGCACAGUGGACAAUUGGAAAACUGCACUGUCCAUUCUGUGAGGCCUGCUUAGGGAGCUUUAACUUUGUUUGCAACAAAGAAUGUUCCUGUGGACAGCUAGUAAAUAGACAUUUCUGCAAAACUUGGACUGAGCCUCCGCCACCUUUCUCUGUUAAAUUGUCAGAAUCAUCAGAAAAACAUUUGCUUCUCAAAAUGCAGUCUGGUUUUAACAAGGGUAUGUGCCAUGAAGUGGUAACUGCAACUUUAGAAAUCAAAAAUCACAGACUUUCCUAUACAGCUGGAAGUAGUAAUGGUGCUGGAAGAUUAACAGAAGCACUUUGUCUAGAAGCAAGAACUCCCAGAUAUGAGAUAGCAAGUAAAAACCUUCCCUUAAAGGCAUUAAAUGAAAAAAGAAAUCUCCCUUCUUCCCAUCUUAUAAAAGGUGCAUGCACUGUGAAUCCUUUACACAGAAGAUCACAUAGCUUGGAUUUAAGUAUCAGAGAAAGACUUGUUAUGUCACCUGUGUUGUAUAAUACUUACAGUGUGGCAACACUUUACCGUGGCCAAAAUGAAAAUCCACCUGCUUACAUACAAGGGAGCUUGCAAUUAGAGUCUAAUAGGAAAUAUGGUAGUUCCUUUCAGGAUCUGUAUAGUUCCAGUGCUGACAUACUACAAAACCAAUUUCAAGUUACUCCCAUUACCAAAUUACUACACAGAGAAACAGAAAGUGAGUGUGAUUUUGAAGUUACUGGACAAUCUUCUGGGAGCAUCAUUGCUGAUGGGUCACCAUUUGUGAUUAAUCUUCCCUCGAUUACAAGGGCUGUAGAAGACAAACAGUACAUCACACCUGGUGGUUUUGUGCAGCCUACAAGUAUUUUCUCCAACCAGAAGCUGAGUAAGAGAGAAAGAAACAAGUCGCAAAGCCUGAGGAGAAAACAAAGAAAGCGAGAGCAAUGUCUACAGAAGCAAGAAUUCAGAAGGCUACCAGUCACUGGAAAUCUACAACACGUAGAGCCUGCAAAUGAUAACCUGCUAACAGAUGAUGAACAUGAACUCAGAGGAGAUAAAGAAAGCUAUCUCUGUGCUGUGUGUCUGGAUGUUUAUUUCAAUCCUUACAUGUGCUAUCCAUGCCACCAUAUCUUUUGUGAGCCUUGCUUAAGGAUGCUUGCCAAAGACAAUCCAACCAGCACUCCAUGUCCACUGUGUCGCACUACAAUUGCCAGAGUCUUUUUCCAAGCAGAUCUGAAUAACUCUACCAGAUCUUUUUUCCCUAUGGAAUAUUUGAAUCUAAAGGAAAAUUUUCAAAAAUCCAAUUCCGCUAAAUGGCCUCUACCAAGCUGCAAGAAAGCAUUCAGAGUUUUUGAAGCAGGUUUUCGGAGGCGCUCAAAUCCUGUAACAAGGAGGCAUUUCCCCCAUGCUGCUCACAGGAUGGACUAUAUGGACUUCGAGGAUGAUAGCCGUGGAUGGCGGUUUGAUAUGGACAUGGUCGUCAUCUACAUUUAUUCAGUCAACUGGAUAAUAGGAUUUAUUGUUUUCUGUUUCCUUUGUUAUUUCUUUUUCCCUCUUUAGGCUGUAGAAAUAACAGUUAAGGAACGUGACAGUCAUGUGAACCAAAAAAUUGUGAAUAGAUGAAUGUUGAAAAAGGUAAGAUGUUUGAUAAUGCAUUUUUAUCAUUCAGAAUUGGAAUAGACUGCAUCAAGCAUACUGUGAAGCUGUUUGAUACUUCUGCUAUAUGUGAGAAAGUACUUGAGUUUGGUUACAAAUGUAAUGUGAAAUCCACAUCAUACUUCAUUCAGUGGGAGUUUUGCUUUUGGGAGAUUUUGAUGGGAAAAGAAUUUAUCCCUCAUUUAUAAAAUUAUUGUUCUGUAGAUGUACUCCCAGUUUUUAGGGGAGGUCUGUGUACUACAAAAGAAUGUCAACUACAGAGUGAUUUAGGGGUUUGACUCUGUGUUGACACACUUUGCUCACUCAUUGGUGCUUCAAUUCCUCAUACAUAAAAGCAGUAAAGAUGCUUCCUACUUUUACUCAGACCCUUUGGGAGCAGCAGCAGUGCUGUACCAUGCAUUACAUAGACAUUUAUCAGAGUUAUUUCAGUGGCAUGAUCCAAAUCCUGGAAAAUUUUGACAACUGAUAGACCUGUCAGCAUUCCACUGUGGAUAUUUUGAGCCUAUUAACCAAAAAGAAAAAUUAUACUGCAGUGUGCUGCCAGUUCAUCUUUUCAGCAAAUAGCAAUCAAAAGGAAUCAACUAACAACCACCGGUUCUGCGCAAUAAGAGGACCAUUUUUGUGCAGAUUCCCAGUGUUGCACUGUAGCUUUUUUACCCAUUCAGAUGAGUGUGUUUGGAGCCAGCAAGGCAGCUGAUGGAGGGCAAGCAGCAGGCCUGCCAGUUAUGAUGCUGUGAGACACUGACCCAAAUAAAUACUGGAGAUGGCAGCAUUCUCCGGUAAGAAAUCACUAUCAUUAUUAAGUUGCUGUAAUAAUUGAUACUUUAAAAUGUGGGCUCUCCAGGACUUUAUGUCUCAUGGGAGAGUACAUAAGAGGGCACAGUAUUUAUUUGCACCUUUCUUGUGAAAUGGUUCUAAAGCACUUUAUAGUUAUUCUAUAUAUAGAUUGAUGAGAUACCGAAACAAUCAUUCCAGACUUGCUGCUUUACACAAUAUUUUAAAGUGAAAGAGCAUCUAUUAAAUUAUAGUAAAAGAUACUAGAAACAAAUGUGAGAAUCAGGUGCUGAAGAAUGGUACAAGGUAGUUUAGGGCUUUACUUUUCAGGAAGGUACAAGGAAGUUUGUAUUUCUAGUGACAUGACUCUUCACCAUACACUGUACUUUCAUCUAGAAAAGCAUGUGAGUGUAGGUAUAUUGUCCCUCUAGUUUCAGAAUUUGUGUGGGAGACCUGUGGUUUUUCAGUAGGUGGUGUACUCCCCUGUUCUAGCAGAGAACAAGGAGAAAUGUGUUGUGGAAGGUACCAUCUGCCAAAUGUGAUGGAAUGAAAUCAGAGUUUUAUUAAGCAUGAGCUUAUAUUCCCUUACUGGAGCAGCUCCAGCAUGGUCAGUGUCUUACAGGCGGGAUCAGGACCAUAAACUUUCACCUAAUCUGAAAACCAGCAGUAAAUCAACUACUAAUAUUAAGUUUUCAUACAGGCUGCGUAAGAAAAUCUUUUCAAGAACAUAUGAGUAGAAUUAAAAAUUACAAGUACAACUAUAUUGAUUAGACUAAUUAAUCUUUGCAAUUUUUUUAUAUAUACAAAUUUAAAGAGGUGUAAGAACUGAAAUUCACCAUCACCACAUAAUCGUGGUUUUGACAAAAAUGCAUUUGUGAAAUGAUAAUAAUCUUCUUACUUACUUUGUCUCUGCCUAAAAGGGACCAGCUCUAUUAUUAGUGGCAUUAAGCAUAAUGUUUUAAAAGCUUUAAGGCUGUAAUAAAAUAUUUGAUUGAAGUGUUUUAAAAGCUAGGGGGUGUAAGUCAUAGGCUCCUGUUUGGCUACAUGCAGAUGUGUGGGUGUGUAUGCUAAAAUAUUAUCCGUAACUUUAAACAGUUCUCUCAUAUAUGGCAGGAUUGGCAUUCUAACUACAAUUUUUGUUUGCCUCUCUAAGUUUAUGAAAUUACUGCUCAUAUGUCAGAAAAGGGAGGCACCAACUCACAUCUUAAGACAAAAUUGCUUCUUCCUUUUGAUCUCAAAAAACCUAAAAUAAAAAAAGUCAUGAAAAAUUAGUGACAUAGUCUAAAAUUCUAGUAAUAAUGUUAUUUACAUUUUUAAUGAGGAUAUCUGAUAAAGCAAUAUCCUUCAGUAAAUACUCAAAAAUAUAUUCAGACGCAAUUAAUAUAGAAGCUAGCUAGUUAUAUAAGAAAAAGUUACAUCAUUUUUAAUAGCAUGUUACCAUGGUUUUAUUUGAAGAAGGGCCACAAAGAAGAGUAAAACUGCAAUCUAAUAUUGGCCUCUUUUGAAAAUUUUCGACAAGAAUUGAUGACUGAGAGUAGCUACAUUUUCCUAAAAGUUAGUAGGUCUCACAAUUCUGCAGGACAUUUCUAAUUGUUUAAUUCUACCUUUCUUCAAGGCCUAAACUGUUUCUUGAGCAAUAUUGUUUUACUGUAUAUGGAUUGUUAUUAAUUCCAGAGGAAGAUUAUUUUUAAAUUAUUAAAAAUGUACAUAAUGAAGACUACUCCAACUCUGAGAGAUACUCCAUAGCAAAACACCUAAAAAGCUGUAGAGUGGAGAUGCACAUUUUUUUGUCAUAUGCUGGGGUUUUUUGAGAUAUGUACUUUUGUAAAAAUGCAGUAACAAUUCAGAGGCUCAAAUUUGGUUUUCCUUGAAGUCUGCUGUAAAUGCUGUUACUAUCUCUUGGAGCAAGAGCAAGUCCUUUGUAGGCUAUUUUCUGGUUAAAUUGAUCCUGAUCAGCAAGCUUGUAUUUCUUAACUACCAUAGUAUUAAAAUGUUUACAAUAAAAUUUGAGUUGUUUUUAAAUUUUUGCAGUCAUUUCACUAGAUUCUACUUGGUGUAAUUACUUUCUUUUCAUUCAUUGUCUUCUUUGAUAUCUCGUUUGCUUCCACUUGGGCUGCAGGAAACGUUGGCUGAAUUUUUUGCUACUGGGAUUAACUCUUUUUAUAUUAGCUGCCUUUUAUUUGUUUCAGUACUUUCCAGGCAGCUUUUGUCAUCAUCUUGUGGCAUGGUCUGGAUCUUAACACGUUCUGAUAAUGAAGAAUUCUCAGUACUGGUGCUGUUAGUCAAGACCUUUAAGCUGUUGAAGACAGCAGAAAUCCAGGAGACUUAGGUUUCACUUUUAAGGCAAAAGAACUUCAUGCCUACUCAGAAUAUGUGAGGUAUUUUUGUCCAGCAGUGGGUAUGUUUGUAGCUCCCCUACCUGCCAAAGAUUCGGUCAUCUUGCUUGUCUCAUAAGACAAUUCUCUAAAAAGACCUCCCAGACAAUAGCUGGUUGGGGAGCAGCUGCUGUGAAGCACAACAGAGUCUUUCAUGACUUGUGCUGCCUGCAGAAACUCAGAUCCAAGUUGAGCUUUUUCCAGUAUUCUACAUACAUGCCUUAUGUUUUUAUCACGUCAGCAGCAGCUCAAUUAGUGAUACUGAGAUGGAAAAGAAGGAGGGACCAGAGUUUAGGUGCAUUCUGUCAUUUUUAGAGAAAAUUAUUGUUGAUAACAUGAAAGUCUGUGAGUAAGAUUAGCUCUUGUAGUUAUCAUAUGACAGGUAACUGUCUUCAUGGUGUGUAGUGUUGCUUUUGUGGAUGUGUUUUCAGCAUCUUUUGUUCUUUGCAAUCAUGACAUUAUAGCUAUGAGAUGUGCUCUCUUCUCUGGAUAAUUCCAGGUCACAGAUUAACAGAAAAGAAAGGUAAGACAGACAUCAAGAGCAUCUGCUGGUGUCGAGCCCCAUACCCAGGCAGAGGCUGUAAAGGAGGAUACUUUGGAUUGCUCUGGAUCUGGAAGAAGACACCAAGCUAUCCUUAGAGAUGCCUUUCAUUUGGCAGAAAGUUCUAAGACAGGUAGUAAUAGUAUAAGGACUUAAAGAUCACAGUUUUCUGUCUCAAACACAGUUACCACAGAAAGACUUUGCCAUGUGAUAAGGAUAGAAUGGAGUGACAGGAUGCCUAACUCCAAGCCUGCAAGGUCUAGCUAGCACAUUCUGGGUAAUCCAAACAAAAAUUCUCACCAUGGCAAAGUGUGUGAAGAAGCUGCUGCUCAUGUUUAUCACUGGUCAAGUAAAGAUCCUGAUCAGCAGGUUAUGGGACAACUGCAACCACCAGAGGCCCCCUCCCCCAAAUAUGGAUACCUGAAACUUGGACUGUGAAUUAAGACACCAUGAGGAAUAUUUGAGACAAAAUAAAGGUGGUACUAUUGUCUGAGUGUUAUCUCAGGCCUAGGGGAGGAAAACAAAGCUGGAGAAGAAAAAUGUAUAAGUGAUAAUGGCUGAAUUUCUGGGCCACAAGGAAAGCCAACUCACCAAUAGUGCUGAUGUCAGGUCAGUAAAAGGUAAUUCUGGCAGGCAGAGAUGCAGCCACCAAUUCACAACCCAGAGGAUUAAUGAGCGUGGGACUGAUUAGCAUUAGAAGUGAGGGAAUAAUUUAACCAAUAGAAUAAGGGAACUUGGUAGCCAAUGACCAUUAAUUCCUUUGCUUACAAAAAUGUAUAAAUACCGAAAUCUUUUGAAUUACCUCAGAGCUCCAACCACCAAGAUCCCCUGGGUAAAGAAGGACCAAAAGGACACUGCUGGAUCCAUGGAUGGUGAUUGUCUUCUGUUCUCUCUCUCCCUAUUUUUCUUCUCACAUACUCUCUCUCCCCCUGUCUCUUUCACUCCCAUUUGUUGUUAAAUAAAAUCCGUACCAUUGA